UUGGCCGGCGCGCCCGUGGUAAGUCCCACCUCGGUUACGUGCUACCGCGGAGGUACCCGCCCCUCUACUCCGCCUCGCUCGCUCUUCUGGGUUGGGGGGGCGUAUCCCGGCGUGCACCGGGGGCAGGCUUUUAAUUAAACCGAGGUGGGGGUCCCCCCCCCUUUUUGGUGCCAUCCCCUCUCAUUCCCCGUCGCCCGCCCCCCUUUGCCCCCUUCCUCUUUGCCCCCUUCCUGACAACCUCCCGUCUCCGAUCCCGGGAUGUCCUCCUCUCCUUCUUCCUUCCUGGGCCCCAAGAGCGCGGAUCGUCCCAAAGUGCCCCGCACCCGGGCGGCCACUUGGAGCCACCGGGAGACCCUGGAUUUCCUGGCCUUGUGGGGGGAAGAAGGGAUCCAGGCGCAGCUGAACCGGUGCCACCGGAAUGCGGACGUGUACCAGUGGAUAUCGGAGCGGAUGGCGGAGAAGGGCUACUUCCGAGACGAGGACCAGUGCCGCACCAAAGGCAAAGACCUGAAGAAGAGCUACAAGCAAGCCAAGCUGCAGGACGGCAUCGCCCGCCAACGGUGCCGCUUCUUCCACGAGCUGGACGCCAUCCUGGGGGGCAAUCCCGGCGCGGGGGGCGGCGGCGGCGCGGCUCCUUGGUGCCAGGUGGUGAUCAAGGAGGAGAGCGACCCGGAGCUUGACCCGGAGCAGGACCUACAGGAGGACGAGUACGCUUGGACCCAGGUGUCGGUCACCGACGGCAGCGAUCUGGAUCCGCAAGGCGAGCCGCCCUCCGCCGCCGCAGCCACCGCCUCCUCCGCCGGUGCCUCCUCUUCCUCCUCCUCCCAAGCGCCCGGGGCGUUGCUCCAUCACGAAGACGGCGUGGCCCCGAUCCUGCCCCAUCAUCACCUCCACCGCCAUGCCGCGGGGGGGUUCAUCAAAGAGGAGAAAAGCUCCGGCGAGGAAGAGCCCGGUCUCCACGGAGGAGGAGGAGGAGGAGCGGCGUCCUACCUUUACCCGGCUCCAGAGGAUGCACGGGGGGAGAGCCCCGGGAGGGACAUCCUCAGGCAGGAGCGGGUGGAAGAGCGGCUCCUGCGCCGGGAGAGCCGGGCGCAUUUGGACGCUCCUUGGAGGCCCGGGCUAAACAGGAGAGCUUUUCCCAGGCCACGAACCCUGCUGAGCACGAGAGAAAAGUUGGCUCAGCUCCGAAACAGAAGGAAGAGGCCCCGGGAUGACAAAUUUGACGAGCUCAUACGGGAUAUCCGGACCCAUUUCCGAGAGAGGGAGAAAUUGUUCCAGGGCUUGUGGGAGGAGGAGAAAGCUCAACGGGAGAAGGACAGGAGACUGUGGACAGCUGAAAUGGAUUGGAUCCGGCAGAUGUGGGCUAAGAGCCAAAAAGAGAGAGAAGCUGUGGGAGAAGACAAGGAGAAGAACGGGCCUCAACUCGUAAAGGAAGAGAACUGGAAUAGAGACCUCUGCAAAGACCUUAAUGGGGAUCCUCCGAAAGACACCAGCGUUCAAGAGCCUCCGCUGUUAAAGGCCUGGCUGGAGUCUCACGGCCGUAGCUUUGGCCAUUUCGUAGACGGCAAGUGGCUGAAACCGUCAGGAAGGGAGACCUACGCCACCAAAAAUCCCUCCACAGGGGAGCACUUGGCCACCACCCUCCAGGGGAAUGGAGAAGACGUCAAAGCAGCUGUCAAUGCUGCCACAAAAGCUUUUCAGACCUGGGGCCAACAGCCCAGCCACAUUCGAGCCCGACACCUCUACAAUGUGGCCAGGAGCAUCCAGAAACACCAGCGCUUACUCAGCCUUCUGGAGAGCCUGGACGGUGGGAAGCUUCUCCGGGAGGCUCGAGAUGCAGACCUGCCUUUGGUCGUCCGGCAUUUUUACCAUUAUGCGGGCUGGGCCCAGCUGAUGGAGGUGGAGAUGAAUGGCUGGAAGGCCCUUGGGGUUGUUGCUGUUCUCAUCCCCCGGAAUUUUCCCUUGUUGACUCUGGCUUGGAAGGUGUGUCCAGCGCUGGCCAUGGGGAACACAGUAGUGCUCAAACCAGCCAGCUCAACCCGUCUUACAGCUCUGCUCUUGGCCGAGGUCUGCGCUCAGGCUGGGCUACCUCCUGGAGUACUCAAUGUUGUCACAGGUGACCAGGGGCUAGGCGAGAUGUUGGCUGCCCAUCCAGGCCUUGACAAAGUGGCUUUUGCUGGCUCUGCUGAGGCAGGCCGCAGCCUGCGCCGAGCAACGGCUGGGACUGGUAAGAAGCUUUCUUUGCAACUUGGAGGGAAAUCACCUUUCAUGGUCUUUGACUCUGCUGACUUGGAUAGUGCUGUUGACGGGUUGGUGGAUGCCAUUUGGCUGAACCGGGGACAGGCCCACAAUGCUGGAUCUCAGCUGCUCCUGCAGGAAUCCAUUGCCAAAGAUUUCAUUCAACGCCUGAAGCGUCGGAUGGGGCAGCUGCGUGUGGGGGACUCUUUAGACAAGGCCGUGGAUCUGGGUGCCUUGGCUGAUGAGAAGCAGCGAGACACAAUUGAGAGGCUUGUGGCGGAAGCUCGGGCAGAAGGUGCUGAGAUCUUCCAGGCGUGGGCAGCCCUCCCAUCAAGUGGGCCCUUCUACCCUCCAACCUUAAUCACCGGUGUGUACACUACCUCCCGUUGUGUCAGGGAAGAGGUAUUUGGACCUGUUCUGGUCUGUUUGACUUUCCGGACAGCCAAGGAAGCCAUGGCUUUGGGGAACAGCACCCCCUAUGGAUUGGUUGCCAGCGUGUGGACAGAGACCCUUCCUCUGGCUCUGGAAAUCGCUCGCAGUUUGCAGGUGGGAACUGUUUGGAUCAAUGGCCACAACAUGCUAGAUGCUGCAUCUGCGUUUGGAGGCUGCAGGGAAAGUGGCUAUGGUCGGGACGGAGGCAAAGAGAGCCUGUAUGAGUACAUGAGACCAAACUGGGAGAUCCGUCCAUGCCCCAGCACUGUGGACGUGAGCUACAAAGCCUUCGCUACCUCACAGGGGACUGAGACCCCUACAAAUCCUGGGGCAAAUAGAGUUCCGUAUUCCAUAAAUUUUGACCCAGAAGGAAGCACCCCUAGCGUGGACCGAACUUACAAGCUGUACUAUGGGGGAGCCCAGAAGAGGCCGGACUCGAUGAGUUCCCGAGCAGUCCUCGACCACACCGGCAAAAUCCUGGCCUGUGUGGCAGAUGGGAGCAUCAAAGACAUCCGUAAUGCUGUGGAAGCGGCUCACAAGGCUGCCCCAGGAUGGGCAAAGCAGACGGCUCAUACCCGAGCGCAGAUCUUGUACUACCUGGCUGAGAAUCUGGAGCUUCGUCGAGCCGAAGCGGCAUCACGACUCGAGGCCUUGACUGGUACGGGGAAAGAAGAGGCUCUGCGGGAGGUGGAGCUCAGCAUCCAGCGGCUGUUUUAUUGGGCAGCAUAUUCUGACAAAUAUGGCGGGGCUGUGCAGGAAACGAUUUUGUAUGGUGCCUCCCUUCUCUUCCGAGAGCCUCUAGGCGUGAUAGGAAUUGCCUGCCCCAAUGAACAGCCCCUGCUUAGUUUCGUCAGCUUGUUGGCUCCUGCCAUUGUCCGUGGCAACUGUGUGGUGAUGGUUCCCAGCGAGCGAUACCCAUUGCCUGCUCUGGAUUUCUACCAGGUGCUUGACACCUCAGAUGUCCCUGGUGGAGUGGUGAACAUCAUCUCAGGCAACCGGGACCAUCUCAGCCGGGGUUUAGCUGAGCAUCAAGAUGUACAAGCCAUGUGGUACUUCGGCUCCAAGGAAGGUUCCGCGUUUGUGGAAUGGGCCUCCUCUGGGAACCUGAAAAGGACCUGGGUGAACUAUGGAGCACAGCGGCGUUGCUGGUCCGACCUGCAAGAAGGAGCUGGGGAAGAAUUUCUCUAUCAGGCCACACAGUGCAAAAGCGUCUGGAUGCCCAUGGGUGAUAUAUUUGCCAACUGAGGCUCAGGAUCAAUGGGCAGAAUUGCAAGGCAAUCAUUGGGGGGAGGGGGAAAUUUUAGGGGAUGAAAAUAAAGAUGGUUUGGUAGAAAUUUGUAAA